AUGCAGUCGUGCCAGUAAGUGCUGGUGUAUAAAGUACAAUUUUGCAAUCCACAGAGAUAAAAUAAAACAUACUUAUCUAUGGGAUGUUUCUACUGAUUUCCCCCCCACCAUUCUAAGCAAAACAGAAAUCCUCCCCUUUCUUGGCUAGCCUUCAUCUGAAAUGAAGCUGAGCUGCUUCAUUUGAUCAAGGAAACAUAUUAGGAACCGGUAAGUAAUGCUGCUUCAGAUUAUUGCUGGAUGAAAACUUUGCUUGUUAAACUCCUCCAGUUCUACAAAAUAGUUUAAUCCAUCUGCUAUUUCCCCAUUCUCAAAAUAAGCCUGAAUGUAAUCCUAACCCCAUUUACCUGGGAGUGAGAAAGUUUGAAUUCAAUAGAACUUAUCUUGGAAUAGACAGAGAUAGGAGUGUGCUGUUAGUUGAUGUACCAGUGUGCUGUUAGUUGAUUUACCAGUGUGCUUGGAAUAGACAGAGAUAGGAGUGUGCUGUUAGUUGAUUUACCAGUCCACUUUAAAUUGCUUUAAUUUGUGGGACUGAAUUAGAGGCAUGCUUUUUUGGAUGUUUGCCUCUGACAGGGAAUGCAAAUAAAAUAUUAAAUGUCUUCCUUACAAUAUGCAACAGGCUUUAUUUUGUUGGCGAAGAAGAGUUGGUAAUAUGGGCAUUUAUUUAAAUUUAUUUGAUUAAACCAUGGAUUGGUUCAAAGGCAGACAAUUAAUCAGAUAAACUUGUCUAAUUGACACAUCUGUUUUAGUAUGACAGCUGAAAUACUAUUUAUAGUAGUGGGGGUAGGAGAGCUGGGAGGGAGAAAUCACAUCUGACAACCAAUGUGCCCCUUUGGUUUCAGAUAGUACAUGGGUAGAUGAGUCUGAAAAGCUGGGGCACAAAUUUUUAUGGUCCUCAAGCAGCCACAGUGGCUCAUUUACCAGAACUGUAGCUCUGUGCAGAACCUAGAAUUCUCCAACCAACGGCAUUUGCAGUUGUCUCACACAGCUAUAACAUCAAGAUCAUUUGGGUAAAGUAACAGUUGUUCAGAAUUCAAAUUGACCAAUGUCCUUCAAUGGCACAAAACACACUGACAGGUGGGCUGAUGGCUUUCUGAGAGUCUCAUCUUAAGAGGCCAAAACAGAGUCCUCCCUCACUGGCAGAGAAAGAACAGCAGAGUGGCCAUAGGCAACCUCUAAAAGAUCUCAAAAUAAUUUCCUCUUAACUAGUUAUCUGUCUAAGGUAUCAGCAAUGUAUCUUCGAAUUUUCAUCGCCCUGAUGCUGGGAACAUCGCUGGCGUUGGCCACUGAUUCUGAAACAAACACUUGCACAGUAAUGGCAUGUGGCAACCCAGGAAUCCCCGGUUUACCAGGAAGAGAUGGGAGAGAUGGUCCCAAAGGAGAGAAGGGAGACCAAGGUAUCUCCAUAUAGUUCUAUGGUAAUCUUUGGCACCUUAUGAUAGCUCAUCUAUAUCUCAGCUGGGUUUCUCAUGUAUGUGUGUGACUUGGCAGGGUGGUUACACAUUGCAAUGCAUUUAACCCUUCUCUCUCCCCCCCCUUCCUCUAUUUGCUUACAUUGACGUCAUACUGUUUUCCAAGGUCCCAAAAGGCAUGGGGACAGGGUGCAGACUGUCUCCAUGAUUCUGAAAAGCAAGCCCUGGAUGUUUUUGCUUUGAGUGGUGGCUGGGUACUUCAUAGCACUUUUCCAAGCUCUUUUCUUUGAGCAUUGGAGAUGGAAGAGAGAAGUGACUAAAUAGCUUUCCUUGUCCCUGUUGGUGGCAAGGGAAAAAUAGGUCUAAAAAGGGAGGAUUCCUGGAUGCCAAGAUCCCAGUUUGGGACUGAUACUCUUUGUUGAGCAAACCCUAGCAAAUAUUUUAAAUCGCAACAUAUGCAGGAAAGUAAAGCAUGUAAAUAUAGGCUGUUAGACCUUUGAAAUAUCCCCUUGUGAGUUCCAAAACUCCUCUCUUCCCUUAACAUAGAAAAGACCACAUGCUUGGUGAGUUAAAAGUGGCUUACUUGCAAACUCUCCAAAGGUUGGGUUCAUGUGCUUUCCAUACAUCAGUCGGAACACACAGGCAAUAAAACUUGGAUUAACUACACUAGUGAAAGUUCCUACAUUAUUAGUAUAGGAACACAAGAAAGGCUUGUUAGAGCCAUGCAGUCUGAGCUUGGAGCAACCAGUUCUAAACCUAUUUACACACUGAGCUUCUCAGACAGCUUGAAGGCGGAUUUGUAGUGCAGAGAUCCUCUUGGGAAGAGAGAGAAGGAUCUAUGUGAUGGGGGGAGUGAUGCACUUGGGGGGGGAGAGAGCGCAUUGUCUGGGGAAGGGAGAGAGGCAGAAGGUAUAAUUGUAUGUGAAGCUGUGUAUAUGUGAAAUGUGCGAGAGAGACGGAGGAGGCAGGAGAGGGAGAUAUGCCUGGUCUGUAUUUAUGUGCUGAGUGCAUGUAUGCACUGUGUAGUGGAAGAGAGAUUGUGGAGCAAAGCAAAUCUAGGCAGAGCUGGUGGGGAGUCAGGGAACAGAGUGAGCAGGGUAAAUAUAUAGGAACCAGGAGGAUAGUGAACAAUUGUGAUGAUUUGCAAUGGCAUCAGAACAGAAUCACAAUUAUCAGCUGAGUACAAGGUGAGCUCUAGGAACAUCUUGUCAUGAAGGCUGCCAUCAGGAGUGUGAAUGUGUAUUAUUUAAAGUGACCUUUUUUCCUUGUUGGCUGUUUGUUACGGGGGAAUAGUAUCCAAAAGCUGUUUCUUUUUCUCAAACACAAGGAGUCCAAGUGAGGGGCCAACAAGGUUUUCCUGGGAAGGCAGGGCCUCCUGGAUUGCCUGGAAUUGCAGGGCCCCCAGGCCAGAAAGGACAAAAGGGAGAAAUGGCAGGUAAGAAAUCAACUUUCUGGUGCUUAAUUUUGCUUUCAGGAAGACAUGAAUGUGCACUUCAAGACCAACAUAACCUCUUCCUUGUGAAUGCCAGUGAAUGGUUUGCAUGAUAAUUAUUCUUCAGUCAAAGCUUUGCUUAGAAUAUCAUAGGGCCAAAAUGUAUCCUGUGGCCCCCAAGCCAUUGCAUCUGAGAAUACAUCAGUGGGUUCAUGUAGAAGCACCAUUUAUGUCAACCAGUGUCACAAUGGGGUUAGGGCAUUCAGAGCCAUCCUGUUCCCCAUUAUUCAAGUGGCACCUUUUAAAGAUGCCAUCGUCAUUUAAACAGGAGUGGCUUGUGGAUAAACUAAUGUGGAGGGGGCAAUUCAUGCAAUGAUGUCUUCGUAUCAUCACAGCAUGAACCUGGCUGCAGCAGACCCACAUAGAGCAAGCACUUUGAGCCUGCUGGAUGUAUAAACUGAACCACAGAAAUCUGAAAGUACUCCAUGGAUAAUCUACUGUAAAUCAGGAAUAAUAAUUAUUAUUAAUAAUGUUAUUAUUUAUACCCCAGCCCAACCAGCAUCCAGCACAUAUGGAAACAUAAUAAAACAUGAAACAUUAAAAAUUUCCCAAUACAGGGCUGCCUUCAGAUAUCUUCUAAAAGUUACUUAUCUCCUUGAUAUCUGGUGGGAGGGCGUUCCACAGGGAGGGCAACACUACCAAGAAGGCCCUCUGCCUGGUUCCCUGUAACUUCACUUCUUGCAGUGAAGGAACCAGCAGAAGACCCUUGGAGGAGGACCUCAGUGUCCAGGCUGAACUAUGGGCGUGGAGACGCUCCUUCAGGUAUACAGGGCUAAGGCCGUUUAGGGCUUUAAAGGUCAGCACCAACACUUUGAAUUCUGCUUGGAAACAUACCAGAAACCAAUGUAGAUCCUUUAGGACUGUGAUGGCCAAACUUGGCCCUCCAGCUGCUUUGGGACUACAAUUCCCAUCAUCCUUGGUCCACUGGUCCUGUUAGCUAGGGGUGAUGGGAGUUGUAGUCCCAAAACAGCUGGAGGGCCAGGUUUGGCCAUCACUGCUUUAGGACCUCAACAGGAGCCCAAGAGAAAUGCUUCCAAGAAAGUCACAGACCUCUCUAUGCAGCUUAAUCUGUUGCUGAACUGGUCCUAUAAUUGGAUUAAACAUUAGUAAAACAAAAACAAAAAAACCCUCCUUUCCUGUAGUUCAGCCUUCACCUGCCUGGUGCCUUCCAGAUGUGUUGGACUACAAUUCCUAUCAGCCACAACCAGCACUGAUAGUUGUAGUCCAAAACAUCAUGAGAACACCAGUUUGGCAAGUGCAUGCCUGAUGCUUCUUGCUUCUACCCCCAGUGAACAAGCGGUCCCUAUGUCCCUUCUUCCUUCACUCUAUUUUGCAUCUCUCUUUGAGCCAGAAGGGCUUCUGCGUUUGUGAAUGUGAGCAUUUAUGCCCCAAGGAAUGGGCUGAAGGCACAUAAUGCAGGAACAUUGGCUGAAGCUAAGUAGGACUGGAUCUAGUCAGUCCCUGACUAGGGCACCUGGGACCCUCAAUGCCUUCAGCUAUAUUAUGGAAGAAAGGCAGGAUAUAAAUGUCAUAUAAAAAUAAUUGAUACACGGGUGACAAAGGACAGCAGGUAGUACAGAGUCAGGAAUUGUUAAUGGUCUGGGUGGCAACUUUCCAAUAUAAAUCAUUUGUGCUUAACCAUAUGAACCAUAUCUUCAUUUUCUCACCUUAGCCAUUACUUCUACUCAACAACAAUUAACUGCUUUGGAAAAGAAAAUCCAAACUCUUCAAGCUGACCUUACCAAGUAUAAAAAGAGUAAGAUGGAAUAUGCAUUUUCAAUGCUUGUUCUUAUAUUUGUUUUUAAAUGGUUGCUUGUGUUGUGUGUGUGAGUGCGAGUGCAAAAACAACAAGCUAAUAGCGAGGUAUGCAUGGACUCUUUGGGAGAAGCCCUAACUGUUUAAAUGGUAUGAUACAACUUUCAAUGUAUAGUACAGAUGGGCCUAACUAAGAUUUGCCCAUAUAAAGGAGUCAGUCUGUGUUGUCAAUAGCUCAUAUGUUGCAAACUUUCUACUAUCGUCUCAUCUCUUUAUAUUACUUAGAGCCAGGUUAUGCUCUCCACGCUAAAAGUGAGGUGAUCAUGUCAUCCCAUGCAGAUUUUACAACCAACAAAAUUGAUUCUUUUUUAAUCAGCUUGUUCAACAUUCUGUAUGUGUGAAAAAACAAAAUUUGGGUUGAGUGGGUGCUAAUCUGUUUUGCUUUUGAGGUGGGACAAUGGGACUCAAAGCCCUGAUUAUUGUGGGUGGGGUGUGGAGGAAAAUGACAGAUUUUCCUCAGUGUGUUGGAUAUUGAUGAACCUAAAGAGCAGCCUCCUACAGCCUGGAACCUUCCAGAUAUUGUUGGACUACAACUCCCAUCAUCCUUAGCAACAGGCCAUGCUACCUGGGGCUGAUGGGACUUGUGGCUGCAGUCCAAAACAUCUGGAGGGCAGCAAGUUGGGGGAGGUUUAUAAAGGGCACGGCUUAUCCAGAAUGAAUUGCCUUUAUAUCCCAUUUAUUUCAUUGGGAAGCAUAUAGUCAACUGUCUACCAUUCAAAUUGGUAGUAGUUUAAAGUGCUUGACUCUGGAUGGAUUGUGCCCAUGUGGGUAAGUGUGGAACAGUUAAUAUUCAGGUUGCCAGCAAUUAUUUCUCAUGUGCUUCUCACUGUGCUUUGCUUUUCUCUCUGUGUCUAGUUGUGAUGUUGCAGCAGGUGAAAGUCGGAGAGAAAUUUUUUGUUUCAACUGGUCAAGAAGUAACUUACUCCAAUGGAAAAAGACUGUGUGAAAAUGGAGGUGCAGCUCUUGCCACCCCGAAGAACGCAGCAGAAAAUGCAGCCUUGGCGGAAAUAGUAAAGAGGAAUUCGAAGAUUGUUUUUCUCGGUAUCAGCGAUAUCCAAACUGAAGGGAGAUUCGUGUAUGUAAAUGGGGCACCCCUAAGUUACACAAAUUGGAAACAAGGAGAGCCCAAUAACUAUGGUAAUAAAGAGGACUGUGUUACAAUAGUUGAGGAUGGACAGUGGAACGAUUUGGAUUGUGAACGGAAAACACUGACUGUUUGUGAACUGUAA